GUUUCUUCGUGGUUUGAAUUCUGAGUGUCUUCUGCACUUGAUUUUUGCUGCAAAUUGUGGAGCCGCUUACCGAUGUCAUAUCCUCAAACAAGGAGCUCGCUCUGCGUGCGACGUCGAGGUUUUCGAGUUUUGCCGACGGUUUCCACGCAAACGGGCUGCAACGGCCAGUGGAGAGACAGCUCGUUGUCGAAACAGAAGUUGACUUACAGCGUGAAGUCCUAUUCUAGCUUCUCACAGACGUACAAGCCAAGCAACGUAUUGGAUAACAAACCGUCGGACCAAGGGUCGAGAUGGUCUUCAGAGAGCAACCAUCCUCCACAAUUUUUGACAUUGAAGUUGGACAAAACCAGCAUAGUGUCUUCAAUCACGUUUGGCAAGCACGAGAAAGCUCACGUAUGCAACUUGAAGAAAUUCCAAGUGUUUGGUGGUUUGGAUGAGGAGCAUAUGAGCGAGCUGUACUGUGGAGGUCUUCUCAAUAAUCACUCUCCAGAAACAUUUCAGCUGCGACACACCACACAUGGUCAUCAAUUCCCAUGCAACUACAUUAAAAUUGUGCCGUUGUUGGCUUGGGGACCAAGCUUCAAUUUUAGUAUUUGGUACAUUGAACUUCAUGGCCAUGACGAAGAAGCUAUUGUGCAACCUGUUCUCAAGUGGUUCAGCGAUUUUAGACAAAGGCAAGCAAUGCGGCUGUGUCUGAAGCACCUUCGUCAGCACGGCUACAUGGAUGAGUUUGAACGUCUUCAAAAGAAAUCUUGCAUUCAACUUGAAGAACAACCCAUUACCGAACUAUAUCAGGUGCUGGUUGUGUCUGACGAUUUUGUAGCUGCCGAGAGAAUUUUAGAACAAGGUGCCAAAGAUGGCCUAUUUUCCAACCAUGUUGCAGAGCAGUCAAUAACAGCUGAGUGGAAGGCACUGAAAACUAAUUGUUCUGGAAAAUAUGCUUGGCCUGGUAUUCGAGGUGGUCAUCAGAUGGUCAUUGAUUCAGAUACUCAGAUGGUGUAUUUGUUUGGUGGCUGGGAUGGGACAAAGGAUUUAGCUGAUCUAUGGUGUUAUAAUAUUCUUGCAGCUCAGUGGACCUGCUUGUCUGUGAACAGUGAGCUCCAAGGGGGUCCAUCAGCACGCUCUUGCCACAAGAUGUGCAUUGACUGUGUCAAUAAAAGAAUAUAUACAUUGGGCCGUUUCAUCGACUCCCAGGCUCGGCAGGCAGCAGGAAAUAACUUGAGGAAUGAUUUUUAUUGCUAUGACAUCACAGCCAACACAUGGAAUCAGUUGAGCGAAGACACUACAAUGGACGGUGGUCCUCGACUGUUGUUUGAUCAUCAGAUGUGUAUGGAUACCAGAACUGAAACAUUAUAUGUUUUUGGUGGACGUAUCUUACUAUUGCCUGACAAAGAUAACUCAAACUAUGCCAGAAAUGUACAUGAUGUUUGCAGUGGUUUGUUCUCCUAUCACUGUUCUUCUAAUACUUGGAAACAAUUACAUUCGAGAAUCCCACUACUACGUCUUGGCCAUGUUAUGUUGUUCCAUGAGCAAACGAGAAAUUUGUAUAUACUUGGUGGUCAGGGUAGGGAUAAUACUGAGCCCAUCACCGACAUUAUUGUCUACAAUGUGGACACGGAGAGAGUAGAUGUUGUACUGGAAGAUGAACAAGUAAACGUACCACAAGGUGGCUACAUGCAAAGGGCAACGAUAGACUGUGAACUGAAUGAAAUUUAUGUCUUCAAGGGUCAAAAUCGUUAUGUGGAAGAGGGCCACUUAAACAAUUCGUUUUGGGUUUAUGACACGGAGACACGCAAGUGGGCACCUCUGUACAAGAGUAGUGGUGACCAGAGGCUGUCGGCUGAUCCAGUAGAACCAUGUCCUCGAUAUGCUCAUCAGCUAGUGUACGAUCACAUCAGAAAGGUGCAUUACUUGUUUGCGGGAAAUCGAGGUCGAGCUGGUGGACACAAGAUGCGUUUAGAUGAUUUCUGGAUGUUGCAGCUUAAGAGAUUGUCUGUCAAUGACAUUGUUCAAGGCUGCAAAUACAUGAUUAGGAAACAGAGGUUUACAGAACUGUCAAGAUCUGAUCCUAUCGAGGCUUUAACAUAUUUGCAAAAGGAUCUUGCUGAAAUAGUCAAUCAUGAUAACCCAGAUGAGAGAGAAGAGUUUCAGGCCUUGGUUUCCAUUUUAUUCAAGCAAUCGCCACAGUUGGCUAAUGGGGAAGCAUCAUCUCUAAAAGGCAUUGCAUCUUCUGAUUUGCGUGCUGAAAGGAUUCAGUUGUUUGAUCAGCUAACUGUCUUCUUUCCGACUGCGAUGACUCAACCAAAGGAAGACUUGGUUGACUUGAUUGGAUUUUAGCUAAUGAAACAAGUUUGUAAGUUUUAAUUAAAUUGUUUCCUUGUUGUUGUGCAGAUGCAUUUUGCGUGCAGUAGAACAAACAUAUAAAUAUUUAUAAAUUACGUGAAAA